CCAUAUCCCCAACGAUAACUGUCCGUAUUUGCAUUUCAUUCUCAGCCCUCUACUAACAUUAUCGACGUUGUAACCGGCUCCAUUCCUGAUACAACUGCUCCUUUAUGAUCACGUUAUUUACCAUAUAUAAUUUUUACUUUUGAGCAAAACCCUCUGUGAUGGUCCAUUUAAGCGCUUGAUUGAUAUCAAUAUUGGAUCAGUUGAUGAUUUUUCUGCUGUGGUUUAAUGGAGGGGGAGGUUCUCGGGGAAAUGUGCAAAUUAGACUAUUGUGGCACUAAGAUGCGGUGCGCGGUGCACGCACACCGACAGCAAUAAUUGUGACCACUUUCGCUGCAUUUUAACAUUUUAACCGAAAUCACUAUUUUAAUUUAUGUGCCUACGUACUGCCAAAUGUGCAUUUGUUUGCGGUCAUCGGCACAGUUCUCCCUUGGAAUACUUUAUAGAUAUUUGAGUCUUAACAAGUAAUGUUAACAUCUGACCACAUCAUGGGAUUCGGAUAUUAUAAUGAUAAUGCGGCUUUUGCAAUUAAUUUUGUUGUUAGCGUAUAGCGGUACGAGUACUGGAGAAACAAUUGCCAUAUAUCGCCGAUGUAAUAGUUUUUUGUGUGGAGUACUAAUCUGGAUUAUACGGUUAUCGGUGUGUGAUCAAGUAUCAGCAUACUCAUACUUCGGAUCAGCGGAAAAUCAAGGCGCGCUCAUACGAGAUCUAUCAUACGGCUACAACACACUGAUUCGUCCUGUUACCAAUUUAAGCGAUCCAGUUAAAAUUCAUUUUGGGAUUGUUCUAGUCUUAAUCCUAGGCGUGAACGAGAGAGACCAGGUUUUCAAGACUAAUUUAUGGUAUAGGUUGGGUUGGAACGAUCCACAGUUGGCUUGGACACCUGAAAAGUACGGAAAUAUCCAGGCCGUCAGGAUGCCUGCCGAUAAAGUGUGGACGCCGGACGUCGUUCUUUUGAACAAUGCUGACGGAAAGUACGGAGUUAGUUAUAAAUCCAAUGUUGUCAUUUACUCUAAAGGAGACAUCAGUUGGCUACCUCCAUCAAUUUAUAAAUCAACUUGCGAGAUCAAUGUCGUCUAUUUCCCUUUUGACAUUCAAACAUGCAAAAUGCGUUUUCGUUCUUGGACAUGGAAUUCUCAAGAAGUUCUUCUUGAAUCUUUCGGCGAAACAAAUUUUGUUGAUCUAACUGACUUCACGGAUUCCGGAACGUGGUGCAUUCUGGAAGCAAAAGGCCAACCAAUGUUUUACUACACUCCAGAUAAACAGCCUCGCAUUGAAAUGGUGUAUUAUUUUGUGAUACAAAGAAGGCCACUAUUUUAUACAGUCAAUUUGCUCAUUCCUACUUGCUUGGUGACCUUUCUAACAGUCCUUGUAUUUUAUUUGCCUUCCGCUAGCGGAGAAAAGGUGGCCUUAAGCAUAUCGAUUUCUGUGACCUUGGUAUUUUACCUUCUGCUGGUUUCCAAAAUUUUGCCUCCCUCUAAAGACUUGCCUUUAAUGGCUAAAUAUCUAUUGUUCGCUUUUGUGAUGAAUUUCGUCUCUGUUGUGGUCACUGUUUGGACUAUCCAUCUACAUUACCGAAGCCCAAAAAUCCAUCCGGCACCACCCAAAUGGGUUCAGUAUUUAUUUUUUCAGUUUUUGCCCGUAAUAUUCCUGAUGAGGAAGCCUCGUCGAUACGUGCGAUCUCAUCAGUUUUCGGUUCGUAACCUCUCCAUUCCCGGUGGGAAAGCCGCUUCACCGAAUGUUAACAGUGCUACUGCAACACCCCGCACAAGCCACACGAUGGAACCACCCGAAUGCUUUCAAAAAGAAAAUUUGAUAGAACUGCAAGAAUUAACUGCUCAAAACAGAAAACGAUCCAAAAUACCGUUGGUUAGGACCGAAUCGAUCACAUCGGAUUUGAUAGACGAUCCGACUGACGCUCUCAGACAUAAUCGCAGAUACUUUGAUGCACUAGACGUUAUUGCGGAUUCGUAUAGGAGGAAGGAUCACAUACGACAGAUUGAAGAAGACUGGAAAUGGAUGGCUACGGUAAUUGACCGGGGCUUGUUGUGGAUAUUUUUUAUUGUCACGGCUGCUGGCUCAUUGUCCAUCCUUAUGCAGGAGCAGGAAAUCUUUGGAGAUUUUCGAUGCGUUCGAUAAUACAAACAAACAAAAGUUGUCACCUUGGAGAAUGUUCAGUAAUAAAGCUCAUUAAAUAAAGUAAUUAAACGUCUUGUAUUCUCUGUUUAGUGCACUGUUUUGCUUG